CCCUCUACUCUUGGACCGGAUCAAAAUAACAAACGCAAACCGGUACGGUUUAAAAGCAGAGAUAGGAAGAUUUCGUCUUAAAUUUGAUUCAGCACUUGAAUUGAGUGAAACGAUCAAGCAGUCUCCUUCGCGAGGUUGAUAGUGUGAAGUGAACAUUGUUUUUCAUGAUUGCAUCAACGUUCUAACUUCUAAUUCUAACUAGGUUUUGCUGUUGCCAGUGCAGUGCCGUGUUAGAAAUCGAAACACAAUUUACUACCAACCCGUACCUAACGCGAACGACACGUUAACUAGUCGACAAAUUGCCUUUUCGACUUCGGGAGUAGUCGUCCAGCUGUUUUCAUCGGACAGAGUGAAAAGAUCUGCUACGAAUCUAUUGAUUGAAGAAGGAAAAUAACUCUUGCUUCCUUCAUAAAGAAGAACAAUAUUUUGUCCGUGUUUGUGAAAAAACCGUGGUUUGUCCGUGGAUGUGAAAAAGUCAAAGAUAGCUGUCAUCUAUGACAAAAAUGGGGAAAGAUUACUACAAGGUGCUCGGGGUAGCCAAGGGUGCCACCGACGAUGAAAUCAAGAAGGCGUAUCGGAAGAUGGCACUGAAGUAUCAUCCAGACAAGAAUAAGUCAAAGGGAGCGGAAGAAAAAUUCAAAGAAAUAGCAGAAGCUUAUGAAGUUUUGAGCGACAAGAAAAAGAAGAACAUUUAUGACAAAUAUGGAGAGGAAGGCCUGAAGGGAGGUGGAGGUGCCCCACAUGGAGAACAAGGAGGAGAGAACUUCUCAUCAUGGACAUUCCAUGGCGAUCCCAACGCAACUUUCACAAGCUUCUUUGGUAACAGCAACCCAUUUGACAUGUUUUUCAAUGUUGGUGGCAUGGGUGGCCAACAAAACACUCGGUUUAAUUUCGCAGGUGGCCAACCUGAAGCAAUGGACAUCGAUGAUGAUUUUGGGUUCGGUGGUGGGUUCCCAGGCCCUGGAUCCCACCAAACACGAAGCAACAGUCAAAGGAAACGCCAAGAUCCACCAGUACACCAUGACCUUAGGGUCACGCUCGAGGACGUUUUCCGUGGGUGCACGAAGAAAAUGAAAAUCAAUCGUCGAGUAAUGAAUGAAGACGGCCGAACAACAAGGACUGAGGACAAGAUUCUUGAAAUCAAUGUGAAGCCAGGAUGGAAGGAAGGCACAAAAAUCACAUUUCCCAAAGAAGGAGAUCAAGGUCCUAAGAGAACUCCUGCAGACAUUGUUUUCACCCUCAAAGACAUACCACAUUCAGUGUUCAACAGAGAUGGCAGCAACUUAGUCUACAAAGCUAAAAUUCCACUAAGAGAUGCCUUGGUAGGAACAAGCCUCAAAGUACCGACCAUCGAAGGACGAACGAUAACAGUUCCAUGCAAAGAAGUAAUCAAGCCCAACUCAAGAAAACGAGUGACCAGUGAGGGGCUCCCGUACCCCAAGCAACCCAGUCGCCGCGGUGACCUCCUCAUCACCUUUGACAUCGUAUUCCCUGACCAUCUUCCUAGCACUACCAAGGAAAUCCUAUCCGACUGCCUACCAUCACCAUGAUGUGACCGGAGUUGGUCCGUGGAAUGUUUUUGAACCUUUCCACAUCGGGGGUCAACCGUCGUCGUAAUGAUGCGACUAUCAUUGCAAGAGACAUCUUAUCGAUGGAUUGAAUGGCAGGCAAGAAGGAGAUAUGUGGAAGGGCCUCUCUGACUGAACAGGGUGUGGUGGAUGAGGACGAGUCAAAGAGAUUGAAUGAAAUGAAAUGGAGGAGGAUCGAGGAGGAGGAGGAUGUAUCUAAGUCUACAGCUAGGAUUAUGUUGGUGGUAUGCAGACUGAAGAAUCCACGAGUAAACUCUAUCCACAGGCACACAAGGAGGAAUGUGGUGCUAUCCAAUGUUGUAUAUGGAGAGAACAUCAUGAAGAUAUCAUUAAGAUUACACCAAAUAUCUUAAAGAGAUCAAACUAAUGCCAUGUCUUAUAAAAUCAUCAUUAAUUUAACACCAUAUUUUAUACAAAGAAUUAUUGCUCAUAUCUUCAAGGGUAUCUUUUUUUCUCUAUGGGGGUAGUGUAUUGGUAUUAUUAUAGGUUUAUGGUUUCAAACAAUCUGAAAUGCUUUCAUUUUUGUUGAACUAUUGUGAUAGAGGGUUAGAGACAUUCAUAUAAUAUCCUGUUUAUUUGUUGUAUAGUAGGUAUGCAAUAAUGCAAUAUUAGUCACUGGUUCACCCUUUUAGUGCGUCUUUGGCUGUUUUAGUUGAGACUUUUCUCUCUCUGUACCUGUACAAGAACUAGAAGAAAUCAAAGUGUGCCGUGCCGUCGACGAUCAAAUGAAAAUUUAAAAAUAACCUCUGGCACAUCAGAACAAUGCUGAACAGGAUGAAACUGGGCAGCAUUGUAAAAUCUAUGUCAUUCACAAGUCCCAACAAUGAAAAUGUCGUAUAUAUGUUUUGGAUCAAAACAAACUGCCAUCUGCCAAAACAAGCAAUGUUAUUUCAAUCCUGUAUAAAAGAUGAUAUCACACAUGUCAAACGUCGUUGCAGCAAACUUGUAUUUCACUUUCACUAUCAAGCUUUUCAAUAUCAUAUUCAUUACUGUGUUGUCUGAAAUAUUGUUCCUUUUUCUUUUUUUUUUUUCAUAUUAUAUAUGGAAAGGUAUAAACUAACAAAUUGAUUUUUUAUAUUUUCUUAAAUAACAUUUAGUCCAUGCAAUUCUGAUGUACAUGUACAUGUAUACGUGUACACAUAUAUAUCUAAAUGACUUUUAUGAAUAUUGUAUAAUAUUGUAAAUCUAUAGCUUUUAAAUCAACAAAGGACAUGUCUGUACUUUAUAGAAGUAUCUAUUGUAAAAAGCAUUUUAUUAAAUAUUUUGUUCUCUUUAAAUGGAGGGCUUGGUUAAAAUAAUAAAGCUAAUAUCUUUUUAUUGAAAAA